AUGACAACUGGUAUUAAGACCGGUCUCUCAGCACCCAUGAGCAAUCGACAGGUUCCGAUUCGAGGUGUUCCGAAGCCAGAUCUUCCGAUUGUUGACAAAGUCGGAGAUUUCGGCUUCCGAGCCAGGUCGUAUCCUAUCCACGACUAUUUCGAGGGGCCGUCGGGAACAGUUGGGGAUAUCAAGAAACUUGAUCUAACGAGGGGUGCUGGCGGGGAUCCUAAAGACGAAAAGGAAGCCUUGGCCAAGCUGACCGAUGAGGAUUAUGAGAUCAUCGAGCGUCCUCCCUCUGCCUCGAAAGCCGGAAAAAGUGAGGCAAGAAUAGCUUCAGAAAGCUCUCCCGAGAAGAACAUUAAGCCACUAACCGAAAGCACUCCGCUGCCACCUCUUUCUGCCGACACGAUCAAGCCGGACGAAAGAAAUAGACAAAUGGGCGAGGAAUCGGGGGAUCCUCAUCCUCUCAAAUCCUCGAGCGUUCGAUCCGCUUCUCUGCACGAUUUGGAUGACAUCCAUCCAGUGGCCAAAGGCACGAUUCUAUUCCUAACAGUCUUCCAACAGCUGUUUGAAAAUUCAAAGAAUCCGGUUCCUUUCAUCACACUUUUUCAUAUCUUUUUUAUGACCCCGAUGCUAAUGCGAAUGGGGUUGCGUUGA